AUGAGGGGUCGAGACGAGGCUGGGGAUAAAGCCUCCCGCAUCAUGCUAGUGACGGACCUCCGGGGGAAAAUUUCCGACAUCUCAAAAUACUGGACGGGCCUGGGCAUCAUGGGCCAAGCAUUAUCAAUGACAAAGUUCGUUGGGACGGACAGGCGUAUAGUAGCUCAAUCCUACCCACCAUGCCACUUAUUCGGCGACUCCGACAUAUACGGAAUCGGUAUUCGGUUAGGAUUCUACCUCCAGUAUCUCGCUGCCAUCAUCGCACUCUCGACGGGGUACACAAACGGCCUCAAAGCCCUCCGAACAGGGCUCACAAUUCUCUCCAUAUCCCUCUUCGUCACGCUAUGUACAACCUCCACAGGGAACGGACUAGUGGUACUCGACUGGUAUAUCGUCAUGGCCUUGACGGGCGGGUAUGUCUUCUUCACAGACCUUUUCGUUCGCCUCGCGGCAGCCAAAGUCUAUUGUGUCAAGAAAUCCCGCAAGACGAACAGGGACAGCGAAGUUUCAGACCGCAGAGAUACGCGGGUCUCCGUCGCGGAUCUCAUGAGAACAGAUGUCCCCGAGACGGUGAAGCCACGCCAAUCCACGCUCAUAGAGGCGGGCCUGGCUGUUUACAGGACUCACUACAACCUAUCCGAAGCAACAGAAAGACAAGACCCCGCAGAUGAGGACCGUACCGCUUUCCGGCAUGCACUCAUCGAGUUCGGGCGUGCGGCUCGGGACUGCCCCGACGUUGCGGCGCGGUAUUCGCUCGACAAAAUAGCACGCACAACAUCGGCGCCAUAUACCGGCGAUAGCAGGGAAAAACAAGACGACCAGUUUGACAGGAACCAGUUCCGUUCCGACUUCAUCCAGGCCGCCCGCGGCACCGGCAUGACCAAUACCGAAGCGGAGCGUCUUAGUCGUCGCAUCGCAUCCGAAACGAAGAAAGAGGCCGCCGAGGAACGGUCGCGGGCCACUCUCGUCGAGAUUCGUGAAGCAAUGCAUGCCGUGCGCCCUCGCGACAUGCUUGCCGUGGGAGUCAUCUGCCUCUCGUGGGCUGCCUACCAAUUCGUCCGUCCGUGGCUUUACUGGAGAGGGCUCAGGCGGGGUCUCAAGCCGGGCUGCGAUGUGAAGCUCAUGUGGUUCUUCGUGCCUGCGAGUAUUUACAACGAGAGGUUCGGUACAUGGCUGCGCGUCUGGGGAAUUAUCAUGUUUGUGGGCGGCGUAAUAUACUUUUCAUACGGAGCCUAUCUGAUCGCGACCAAUAUGUUCGCGGCGCGCAGAUGGUUCUCCCGCAGUCGGAGUGUCUCCGACGUGGAGUCUCAGCGAGGUCUUCUCAGGGGAAACGCGACGCCAUCUCAGGAUGGGUCGUCGACUGCUUCCACUGUGACUCCGAGGUCUCAAUGGACUGGACCGCUGCGGCGAAAGCGUGCCAGUAAGCGCUGCCGUUUUUACUUCCGGGUCGUGGCCGGAUUUCAGUCGGUUAUCCUCAUUGUGAGCAUCGUCGUGGUUGAGGGAACACUGUCCAUAAACAACGUCGACAUGACUCGUGGAGACCUGCGUACAUCGAGUCAGCUCAUGGCCUUUGUUGUCGGGGUCAUCUCGUCGGUUCCUGUCUUUUGGGAGUGCCUUGUAAUUGCACCCCUGAGAUGGGCAAUUUUGAGGAAGAAGAAGGGGCAUGGGGUUGGAACGUGGUAUGUCCGCCGUACAAGGAUCGAGUCAACAACAACUGUUCCCGACGACGUCCAGAUGACAUCGGCAAAUGUGGUGUGA